GCCAAGGAAACUUGGGAUGCUUUGUAGAAAAAAUAUGACACUGAGGAGGUUGGUGCGAAGAUGUAUGUUGGUAGCUGAUGGCUACGCUUCCAAAUGGUGGAUGACAAGUCGGUGGUGUCACAAAUUCAAGAGUUACAAAUGCUUGCUCAUGAGUUCCAGUCUGAAGGCAUACAAAUCGAUGACAAACUCAAAGUUGUAGCCAUUAUUGACAAGCUACUGUCUUCAUGGAAGGAGUUCCCAAAGAUGAUGCAUCACAAGCAAAAGGAGAUCACCAUGGAAAAUCUUUUAACUUGUAUUCGAGUUGAAGCGGAGGCAAGGAAUCAAUCCAAAUUUUUGUU